AUGAUAAGAUAUGAAAUUCAAGACAUCAGAGAUGCUAUUCGGUCGACUGAACAACGGAUACCAGACCUAGCCACAAAUCAAAGUAACAUUCAAGACGAAAUACAAAUUCUCAAAAACUUUGCACACCAAGCUGGGGAUAAAAUUGUGUCUCUGGAGUCUAACGUAGAAAACUUAAAAAAUCUACCAAUCGAUACAUCAAUAAAACCCUCCUAUGAAGAAAUACAGACUGAAUUAAACGACCAAACCAUGAGAAAGAAGAAUAUACUUACUGCUGGUAUUCCUGAACCUCAGUCAACGGACGCCAAGGAACGUGUUGAUCUAGAAAAAAUUAAAGUAGUUGAUGCUAUUAAAAAUUAA